AUGAAAGUAGAUAAGAGGUUGGCUAGCCACAUGGACGAAGGAAAGGCGAAAAACCCUAUUAAGCUAGAGCAGCCCAAUCGAUCCGCGCAGGAGAAUAGCUCAGUGGAAGGGGGAGUCCGGCUUCAUAGAGAGAUACUGAAUUCAAUGAGAUGCAUCCCCCGAGACCUUCAAGAUAUGGAGUUGUCGCAGCUGCAGCUAUCAGAAAGCAAGCAGCAAAGCCAUCAAAGCGCACGUAAGCAGAGGAAAAGCAAUAUCGAAGAUCUCUCUCUUCAUCUUACAUACGAUGAUAGGGAGUUUGAACAGCUAGAAGUCAUCCCCUUCGCACGCCCUAUGAGGCCGGCAGCUAGUUUCAGGAAACCGGCAUAG